AUGGCCGAAACGGGAGAAAAGAGAGCAACACGCCAAUGCUGGGAGUGUCUUAGACGGCGUCUAGUGUGCGACAAGACGCUGCCGCGCUGCAACAAGUGUCAGAAACGCGGUCGGCAAUGCUCGGGCUACGACGACGCGAAGCCGCUUCAGUGGGUUCAGCCAGGGAUGGUGACGUCCAAACGAAGAGGAAAGAAAAACAGUAGUCCGCGGAAAAGAUCCAGCAAUAACACAGCGGCUAAGAGUGAACUCGACUAUGCCUGCGAACCCAUAGACUACGAAGCCACCUUGACCGAAUGGGUAAAGGAUCGGAUCGUCAAUCCCCAGUAUCGGGUGACUGAGCUCCACGUGCUAUCCUUCAAGAUGAUAGCCGUAGCCAAAGAGGCCGCCAGGGUAUUCGAGAUCGGCGGAAGGGCCAAGAUUGAAGAGAUCGUGCAGAAAGGUUUGCACGAGGAAGCCGCAAGCGCAUUGCGCUCAAGUCGUGAUCCACUCCCACGGCUGAAGCGACUGCUCGCGUUCCUGAGCAUGCAAGACGUACCACUCUAUGAUGAUCUCAUGGACGAGACAUCAGAAGUGGUGCAAGCCGUCCAGUACUACAACGUACGGAUACACCCACAAUACAAGGCAUCCCAAGAACUGGCACCCAACCCCGCCCUCCUCCAAAACCCCACCUUUGCGGACGGACGUUCACAUGUGAAUGCCAUGAAGCGGAUAGUUGACCUCAGAGGUGGACCCAAGCAGGUCAUGAAGGAAGCCCCGUACCUGAUCCCGUCGAUGGUGCUCUACCUACUUCCGUCAUGGGACCAAGUCGACAUCAGCAACACUGCGGAGGAAAUGACAGAAGACAUAACCGACAUGUACAGUCUCAUCUUCCCGUACACGCUCUGUCCGCGAGAGCUCUUCACUGAGAUAUUGCGGACGAACCAGCUACGCGCAAAAGCAUCUGCAGCAAUACAACUGUGUGAUUUCAACCCGAAUUAUGCACUCGAAGCUUAUGGCGUCCUCGGCCGCAUCGAGGCCUUCUCAGUCGAGGACUGGGCGCGAGCUGGCACCUUCUGUACCGAAUGGCUGACUGUUGGCCUGGUGUACAAAUCCGCCGUCGCGCUCUACGCCACCUUGUCCCUUUGCCCACUCAUGGUCCUCCCGAUGACGCCUUCACUGCUCGAGAACCAAACAGCUUACGGUGACGUCCUGCUCAGCAACCUCGACGCUGCACUCAAGGCCCCGCGUAUGGCUAAGUUUAUGGUCUGGCCGCUGAUCGUCGCGGGUGUAGAAGCUAUGCAUCGCGGGGAAGGGACGCGCAACUGGAUCGAAGCGGGCUUGGAGGAUCUGAGUAGGACGCUGGGGACGAGUUGCCCACUCAAAGUAUGUUCGGUGCUGAAGAGAUACUGGAAGGGCGGGGUUGCCGGGUGGGACGAGUGCUUCGAUCAAUCGUAUGUGUUUGCAAUCUAG